GGGGGGGGGGAGAGGGGGCUGCCCGCUGCUGGGGGUGCAGAGCACCCUCUCCCGGCGCCGUCUGCGAGCAGCCACGGCGAUUCGGAAACUUUAUUAAUUAUUUUAUUAUUUUUUUUUUCCCCCUUCUGCCUUCCCAGCUGGGGAGGCUCGUCCCGACCCGACCCGUCCCGUCCCCUCCGGUGCCGCCGCUCUCCGCGGAAGCCGCCGCCCGUCCGUCGGGGGAUGACGGCGCGCCCCGCGCCCCGAGCCUGAGCGCCUCCGGGCUUCCAUGGGCGGCUCCGGCAGCGCCCUGCGCUGCUGCCCCUCCGGCGGCAAGAGGCAGCAGAAAGGCCAGCAACAGCAGGGAGCACCUGGCCAGGAGCUCAGCGCCUGGAGGACAGAGAAUGCCAAUGGAGCCGGCAAGGAGCAGGCAGCGCUGGGGGAGGAGCACGGUGCGGAGGCUGUGAAACUGCUCCAAGGACAGGAGGAGGAGAGGCUGCGAGGAGCCCGGGGGGCAGAGGAUGAGGGACAGCGAGGUGUCAGCACCCAGGUGGAAAAGGAAAAGGACCUGGAGCUGAAGGAGAAGUUUGAUGCCCUGAGGAGGGAGCAUGAGGAGACCCUGCAAGAGCUCCAAAGAGUGCACGAGCAGGAGAAGCUGCUGCUGGCAGAGUCCCACCAUAGGUCCCAGGAAGCCUUACAGGAGACCAUCGCCGCGCUGAAGUCCCAGCUGCAGUCUUUCCAGGACAGGAUGAAGCGGGUGGAAGAAUCACUGCUGAGCAGGGACUACAAGAAGCACAUCGAGGAGCAUGGGAGCCCCAGUCCCUUCUGGGAGCAGGAGCUGGAGAGCCUGCAUUUUGUCAUCGAGAUGAAGAAUGAGCAUAUCCAUGGCCUGGACAAGAAACUGCUGAACCUGGAGAGUGUGGCAGAGAGAAACCUUCUGCUGGAGGAGAAGGUGAAGACCUUGCAGCAAGAGAAUGAGGACCUGCAGGUACGCACCCAGAACCACCUGGUGAUGACAAGGCAGCUGUCAGAGGAGCUGCUGGCCAUCCGCGGGGCGCUGGAGAAGGAGUCGAAGCUGCGAGAACAGGCUCACCACGAGAAGGAGGAGCUGCUGUACCGCGUGCUCAACGGGGGGGAUGGCUGCCCCUUCCCCAUCACUGCCAGUGACGUGCCUCUCAUUGCCACGUAGCGCACAGCCCAGGGGGUG